AUGGGGACUCAUCCUCCUCCAGCUCCAGCUCCUGCUUGGAGGUCAGCAGCCAAGCACGGAAGCCCAGUGGAUCCUGAACGUCUCCGGACCAGAGGGGUCUCCUCCGCCUGGCCCGGCCUCCCUCGGCCGCGGGCAGAUGAAAGAUGUCUCCGGAGGGUGCUGGUAGCUGGGGGGCCCGUGGAGCCAGUCAGGGGUGUCCUAGUGCCCCCACCGGCGCCUGGGCGCCCCGCAUUGGUGGGCGUCGCCGUCAGUCUCUUCUCAGGAGCCCGCCCGGGUGACCAGAUCGUUCUUGUCCCCACAGCACAUUUCCUGGAGUAUAGUACGUCCGAGUGCCAUUUCUCCAACGGGACGGAGCGGGUGCGGUUCCUGGACAGAUACUUCUAUAACCGGCAGGAGUACGUGCGCUUCGACAGCGACGUGGGGGAGUACCGGGCGGUGACCGAGCUGGGGCGGCCGGACGCCGAGUACUGGAACGGGCAGAAGGACAUUCUGGAGGAGACGCGGGCCGCGGUGGACACGUUCUGCAGACACAACUACGGGGUUAGUGACAGCUUCCUGGUGCAGCGGCGAGUUGAGCCCACAGUGACUGUGUAUCCUGCAAAGACCCAGCCCCUGCAGCACCACAGCCUCCUGGUCUGCUCUGUGAAUGGUUUCUAUCCAGGCCACAUUGAAGUCAGAUGGUUCCGGAAUGGCCAGGAAGAGGAUGCUGGGGUCGUCUCCACAGGCCUGAUCCGUAAUGGAGACUGGACCUUCCAGACCCUGGUGAUGCUUGAAACAGUCCCUCAGGCUGGAGACGUCUACACCUGCCAAGUGGAGCACCCAAGCCGGACCAGCCCUCUCACAGCGGAAUGGAGGGCCCAGUCCGAAUCUGCACAGAGCAAGAUGCUGAGUGGAAUCGGGGGUUUUGUUCUGGGUCUGCUCUUCCUUGGGGUGGGGCUGUUCAUCCACUUCAGGAAUCAGAAAGGACACACUGGACUUCAGCCAACAGGACUCCUGAGCUGAAGUGAAGAUAGUGACCCUCAAGGAAGAACCUUCUAUCCCAGCUUCUUCACAGAGUGAAAAGGUUUCCUGCUUGACCCUUACUCCACCAAGAGAGUGCUUUCUCAGGAUCUGGUUUGCUCCUGGUUCAGUGACCCUGCAGAAAAUGUCCUCCCUAAUGGCUUCCUCAGCCCCCGACCUAGGCCUGGAAGUCCCCUAUAUUGAUUGCAGUGCCUUAUCUUCCUUCUUUCCCAGUCUCUUUUAUAGUCAACCCCUAUGGCCUCCUGUGUAUCUGAACUCACCUUCUGCCCACGCUUCUUUAUAAUGUUUUUCUCAAAUAAAUGUGUGGAGUGAAA